AUGCAUCCGACAUCAAAUGCGGUUAGAAAACGGGAGCGGAAAGAAGAGGAAAAGGAUGCAAAAGCUGAUGAGGGCGGACCAAACAGAAGGAGUGAUAAAGAGGGUGAGAAAAGAACCGAGAUUGGAGGGGCGGUGGAGGGGAGCCGAAGAGCUUGCGGUACCAGGUUAAGUCCACCUCCGGCGGCAGACAUGUACGGAACACUGAUCCUUCUAGCGCUUACAUCGGGCUGCUUGGCGCAGACAGCUUUCAAAUGCCCAAACAACAAGAACUCAUAUUACCCCGACGCAGUACAGUGCGACCUGUACUACCACUGCGAGAACGGGGAAGCGGAGGAGAAGCUGUGUCCGGAUGGGUUACUCUUCGACGACUCCAACACUUCCAAGGAACGAUGCGACACUCCAGUCAAUAUCGACUGCGGCGACAGGACUGAACUCCAGGAACCACAAAGGACAGAAGGUUGCCCCAGAGCUAACGGCUUCUUCAGGCACCCAGAUCCAGGCGUAUGCGACAAGUUCGUCAACUGCAUCGAUGGAGUCCCCAACGAGACACCUUGUCCACCCGGGCUCAUUUACGACGACGAUACCGCUAGCUGCUCUUGGCCAACAGAUUCCACCAGGAAGGACUGCGUCCAGACCAAGAAAGAUGCUCUGGAUGACGGAUUCUCUUGCCCUGAAGGAGACGUGUUAGGACAUAACGGCAGAACUCUGCCUCACCCUACCUUCCCACACCCAGACGACUGCCAGAAAUUCUACAUCUGCAGGAACGGAGUGACACCCCAACACGGAUCUUGCUCGGCUGGACAGGUCUACAACGAGGAGACCUUCAUGUGUGACGAACCUGAGAACGUUCCUGGAUGUGAGAACUGGUUCAAGGAUGAGGAGAAAAGGAAACCUUAAGAGAUUUGCACCGUUAAAGAAGACAUCGUCCUUCCAAGCCGGCUCAUUAUAAAUUUUGCAACUGCUCCUUUUUCAACAGAGGGUAGCAACUCAAAGACUCAUCUCGUGAUCGAACAUUGAUCAAAAUGUUAAUUGCCAAAAUUGCAUAGUUAUUGUUAGUCUUAAUUUAUAAUACUUCCUUAAGUUAUUCAUCAAUGUGUUUUAACUAUGUGUUGAUAUAAGUAAUUGUUGUGGUAUGUGAAAGAAGAAAACUGAAGGUAAAUAUAUCGGACUGUUACUCGUUGUGGUUGCUUAUAUUAUAUAAACAUUUUAUAAUUUUACAAAUAAAUAAGUAAAAUGUUAAUGAAGAUUUAAUUUUUUUAAAAGAUUUUUAGUUAAAUCAUUUAAAAUAUCAUGACAUUAAAC